CAGCUCACAUAGGCGGGCCACUUGGGGACAGUCCAGGUCCAACCAGAGUGAAACCAUGGCAGACCACAGGGGUGUUACCUUCUUUGUGGCGUUAAUGCUGCUGGUAUGUUUUACAAGGACCGGGGUAAAGGCAUGGUAUACUCAUACAAGACCUACGUUUUCAACGGGUCCCGUGUAUUUUACUGAUGACCCCGUUCCAAACAAACCGUUGGAUCCUACACAUCUGGAGUUAUCUAGUCCUCCUCUCAUCGUUCCUCCUCUAGGCCAGAAUGCCAAAAAUCCUGGAUGGACAAAUGCUGGUCAAAAUCCUGGAGGGCAGAAUCCUACGAGAAAUCCUGGAGGCCAGAUUCCUGUUAGGCCUGUUUCCCCGGGACAGAAUCCUGUUCAAAUUCCUGGAGGCCAGGAUCCUUUCAAGCCUGUUUCCCCGGGACAGAAUCCUGUUCAAAUUCCUGGAGGCCAGACUUCUGUCAACCCUAUUCCCCCGGGACCGAAUCCUGUUAUUUUUGGAGGCCAGAUUCCUGUCAACCCUGUUUCCCCAGGACGGAAUCCUGUUGAAAUUCCUGGACACCAGAAUCCUGUCGACCCUGUUUCUCCGGGACAGAAUCCUGUUCGAAUUCCGGGAAGCCAGAUUCAUGUUAGGCCUGUUUCUCCGGGACAGCAACCUGUUCAAAUUCCUGGAGGGCAGAAUCCAGGUACAUAUCCUGGAGGGCAGAUGCCUGGAAACAAACCUUACAUUCGGGAGUAUCAACAAGGGCAGGAUCCAGGUAUGUAUCCUGGAGGGCAGAUGCCUGAAAAUAAACCUCACAAUUGGGAGUCUCAACAAGGGCAGAAUCCAGGUAUGUAUCCUGGAGGGCAGCUGCCUGAAAACAAACCUCACAAUUGGGAGUCUCAACAAGGGCAGAAUCCAGGUAUGUAUCCUGGAGGGCAGAUGCCUGUAAAGAAACCUCACAAUUGGGAGUCUCAACAAGGGCAGAACCCUGUUCCAAAUCCUGUUGGACCCGAUCCUCCCAGAAUUCUUACAGACCAAGGUCCUGUUAGAAAUGAUUGGAUUCAUAUGCCAGGGCAGAUUCCAGGUCAAAAUCCUUCAUGGCAGAUUCCUGGUCAAAAUCCUUCAUGGCAGAUUCCUGGUCAAAAUCCUUUCAGGCUGAUUCCUGGUCAAAAUCCUUCAGGGCAGAUUCCUGGUCAAAAUCCUUCAUGGCAGAUUCCUGGUCAAAAUCCUUCAGGGCAGAUUCCUGGUCAAAAUCCUUCAGGGCAGAUUCCUGGUCGAAAUCCUUUCAGGCUGAUUCCUGGUCAAAAUCCUUCAGGGCAGUUUCCUGGUCAAAAUCCUUCAGGGCAGUUUCCUGGUCAAAAUCCUUCAGGGCAGUUUCCUGGUCAAAAUCCUUCAGGGCUGAUUCCUGGUCAAAAUCCUUCAGGGCUGAUUCCUGGUCGAAAUCCUUUCAGGCUGAUUCCUGGUCAAAAUCCUUCAGGGCAGAUUCCUGGUCAAAAUCCUUCAGGGCAGUUUCCUGGUCAAAAUCCUUCAGGGCAGAUUCCUGGUCAAAAUCCUUCAGGGCAGUUUCCUGGUCAAAAUCCUUCGGGGCAGAUUCUUGGUCAAAAUCCUUCAGGGCAGUUUCCUGGUCAAAAUCCUUCAGGGCAGAUUCCUGGUCGAAAUCCUUCAGGGCAGUUUCCUGGUCAAAAUCCUUCAGGGCAGUUUCCUGGUCAAAAUCCUUCAGGGCAGUUUCCUGGUCAAAAUCCUUCAGGGCAGAUUCCUGGUCGAAAUCCUUCAGGGCAGAUUCCUGGUCGAAAUCCUUCAGGGCAGAUUCCUGGUCAAAAUCCUUCAGGGCAGAUUCCUGGUCAAAAUCCUUCAGGGCAGAUUCCUGGUCAAAAUCCUUCAGGGGGAGAUCCUGUUAAUCCUCAACCUUUCCCAAUUUAUUACCCUAUAAAGGGUGUUUUCGCUUUUGACCAACACCAACAAACGAAGAACCCCACGAACCCCGAACCCCAGCACCCUACACCUGUCAAUAUCUGCGAUGUGUAUCCUAAUACUCGAGUCCCAUGCGGACCUUCAGAUAUCUCUGCGACGGAUUGUGAAGUUCUUAACUGCUGCUAUAACGAAGGCAUUUGCUACUUUGGGAAGAUGGUGACUGUCCAAUGCACCAAGGAUGGUCAGUUUAUUGUGGUCGUGGCCAGACAUGCCACUUUACCCAACAUCGACCUUGAAACCAUCUCAAUGUUGGGAGAUGGUCCUGGCUGCACCAGUACUGACUCAAAUUCUGCCUUUGCCAUCUACCAGUUUCCCGUGACCACUUGUGGCACUGUUGUGGCUGAGGAGCCUGGUCAGAUAAUCUAUGAGAAUAGGAUGACCUCAUCAUAUGAAGUGGCAAUGGGACCUAUGGGUGCCAUAACCAGGGACAGUAGCUAUGAUUUACUCUUCCAGUGUCGAUACACGACUACUUCAAUCGAGACUACUUCCUCUAUUGUAACUACGGUUGUGGAAGUUCUACAAUUAGAGCUGCCUCCUAUAUCAGUGUCUGCUAUGGGUCCCAUCAACGUGCAUCUGAGGUUGGGUAAAGCAAAAUGCAUCGUGAAGGGUUGUAAUGAAGAGGACGUGGCCUACAACUCGUACUAUAUGGAGUCGGACUAUCCUGUGACCAGAAUCUUGAGGGAUCCUGUGUAUGUGGAGGUUCAUCUCAUGGAUAGGACUGACCCCAACAUUGUCCUUAACCUUGGGCGCUGUUGGACCACCACUAAUGCAAAUCCUCACAGCGUGCCUCAGUGGGACCUUAUCAUUGAUGGGUGUCCUAACAGGGACGAUCGCUACAGGUCCACUCUGGUUCCAGUUGGUUCCCACUCUGGUGUGGACUUCCCAAGUCAUUACAGGCGUUUCAUUUUCCAAAUGUUUACCUUUGUGGACCCCAACUCACUAGAGCCCCAAAAGGAACAAGUGUACAUUCACUGCAGUACAUCGAUCUGCAACGCUGCAUCUGGCUUCCCUUGUGAGCCAAAUUGCUUCACUCGAAAAAGGAGAAACGUGAAAGAUGUGGGCAAGAAGCUGACAGAAUCAAGGAUUGUGGUCUCCGCUGGACCUGUGCAGGUGGUUGGCCCCAAAGAGUAAACAGCUCAGUUGCAUACGUUGACAUUUCAUUCAAAUAACAUAUUGGUAGCAAGUUACCUGACUUUAAAUAUAUCUUGCAAUGAGUGAAAUGGAUUCCGCAAAUGCUUGUAAGCAAACAAUAUUAAAAAGUGCUUUUAUGUGCUAUGAAUACUUAUAUUUUGUGUCCCACAAUACUUUUUGUAAAUAUAUCGAACAGUUGUAAUUGAGCUGAUUUGACUCGUCUAUCUUUUAUAACAAA